AUGGUCCGUGUAAACACGCUUCUCACAGCUACGACGCUCCUCGCAUGGUCGGCAACGUCGCUGGCUGGUAACCGGACAUGCUACUACCCUGACCAUUCGAUCGCCCACGACGACGUCCCCUGCGGUGAUGGCGAGAAUGUCGCCUGCUGUGGCAGCGGUGCCAUCUGCCUUUCGACCGGUCUCUGCAUGGACAUUGAUCAGCAGCCCUACGCUCUGUCCAGACUGUCAUGUACUGAUGAGAGCUGGGGAUCUGAUUGCCCCAACUAUUGUCUGCAGGAAGCAAGCUACAACUCCAGCUGGAUUUCAAUCGUCCUCUUCACCUACCUUGACAACGUCGCCAAAUACUGUUGCAACAAUAUCAUCGAUUCAGGCGGUGAUGCCGCCUGCUUAAAUGACCUGGCUCCCUUUAGAAUGCCAAAUGCCGAGAUUGUCGAAAACACCAACUUGUUGGCUGGCUAUGUCAAGGCCAACUCUACCUCUUCAUCUACAAACAGCACCGACUCCGCGUCCAAUGCUACCACCAGUGCGUCGCCAACAUCCGCAAACUCCACCACCACAAACAAUAGGAGCAACCACGAUGCCGCUAUCGGGGCCGGCGUAGGAGUGCCUCUCGGCAUCAUCGCACUUGCAUCGAUCGCAUGGGCGCUAUGGGAGCGACGGAAAUUGCAUCGCAUCAGCGCUGCCCACCACGCCGCCGUUGCCGCCUCGUCUACACAGGUGCCUCAAAAACAGGACGCGUGGAAUAAUACCAAUAGCGUGCAACCCGCGCCACCCUCGAAUGUACAACACACCGCCCCAGUGGGCUCGCAGUAUAGCGGCUAUAGCAGCAACGAUGUGCCUGUGAGUGGGUACCAACAGCCCGUAGUGCGCAACGGGCAGAGCGGCUUUUCAGAGAUGGGCUCCUUUGGCCCAGUUGAGCUGGAAGGUGAACGCAGGUCAUAG